UUUCUUUUUCUCUACCCAUCUGUAUUAUUAUUGGAGAGUAUACUAUAAAAUCCCCUUUUUGAGUAUUUUUUAAACUAAACUAAGCUUAUUGUAACUGUAAUGCCUCCUUCCUUACAUAGUACCACAGCAUUAAAUUCUCAAUCAAUAACCAUUUACUACUACUUCUUUUUUUAUUUCUAUUAAACCACAGUAAUACUCUUUCAUCAUUCAUCAUCAAAGUGACUGAAAGUGCAAUUCCUAGUCCCACUUUUCCUUGAUCCAUAUGUACUUGUCUCAAUUGCCCAAAUAAGUACCACUCUGAGAAAAUGGAAGUUCAAGCCUCCAAUAAUAACCAAACAUCAGAUGAACAAGAAAACGACGAUCUAAUUCUGGAUCUAACCCUCGAUCACGGGCCUAAAUCCAAUAUCCAGACGAGUUCAUCCGAUGCAUCGCGAUCCGCAGGUAAUAAUAAUAACAAUAAGGAGAAUAAUAAUGAAUCCGAGCCUCGGGUUUUUUCUUGCAAUUAUUGCCAGAGGAAAUUUUACAGUUCGCAGGCGUUAGGCGGGCAUCAAAACGCACAUAAACGGGAGAGAACAAUAGCAAAAAGAGGGCAAAAAAUUAGUGCUGCAGGAGCUUUUGGUUACGAUAAGUAUUCGAGCAUGGCUUCUUUACCACUGCAUGGUUCAUUCAAUAGGUCUCUCGGGAUUCAAGUCCACUCAAUGAUCCAUAAGCCCACUAGCAAUACUAGUUUCAGCGCACCGGCCUUGUACGGACAUCCUCGAUGGUCAAUGAGAAGGCCCAUUGACCAGCAGCCGGCCAUUGGCCGGCAGAGUAAUUUUACCAAUAAUUGCCACGUGGCAGGUACAACAUCAUCCGGAGGUGGUGGUGGUGCUGCUAGAUUUGAUAACAUUAUUCAAAAAUUUCCUGUUGUGCAAGUUGAUGGUAUUUCACCAUACAGAUGGGAUAGUGGUGGUGGUCCUCAUCCAAAGACUACUAAUAAUCCAGACGAAAUGAAGAAGCUUGACUUGUCUCUCAGACUCUAAAUUAUUAUUAGUAGAACUAAGUUUUUUUUUUUCCUUUUUCUUGCAGUUAUUUCGUUCAGAUUUAUAUUUCUUUUCAGAAUUUCGUACUUAUUAGGUCCACUAUUGUAAAUGUUCUUAUGCCUUCUGCAGUACGACUAUGCAGACGACUACAUAAUUUAAUUCUUA